GCUCAACUCUGAGAGCAGGCUUGUAGGAAGUUUCAACUAGUCUGUCUACACUUUACACUCUGGAAUGUGCAGCAACAGCAGCGUGCUAAUGCUACUAAUAACAGUGUUUAGCUUAUCAUAUCAGCACUUGAGCUUGUACAAUUAGGAGAUGACAGUGUGUUGUUGUUUAACAAGGGAAGCACUGAUUAGAGCUUACAGGCCUCUUCAUAUCAGUAAUUCUUGUUUAUCAUCUUCCAAUAUCAAAUACUGAUGUGCUGACUCUUAGGCCUUUGGCGGGAUAUGAUCGGGCCUGUAUUUCUGCGUGUAAGCACACUAACAACAAAGUGCCGGAGCUGAAGCUCGUUUCUUCCAUUUCGACAUAGUAGCUUCUCCUAAUAGGCAAACUAUAUAUUAUAGUGUGUCAUACUCUCAUUAUAGACCGACGACUGAGGGUUGUAUAUAAUAGUAAACUUAAAGCUAAGUCACGUGACGUAAUAAACGGCAGCGAAAAGUUUGUAAUUGAGUAAUUAGGUAGGUCACAUAGGCAGGUAAUUGAUCUCACGUUUGAAACUUGUGAGGGGGCAAGAAGCGGCUUCUUGAAGAAGCGGCUACAUUCUUCUUGAAGAAGCGGCUACAUUCUUCUUGAAGAAGCGGCUACAUUCUUCUUGAAGAAGCGGCUACAUUAUUUUGAGCUGUCUUACGUUGUCACAUAUCGCUCGGUUUGUUUAAUGUUUGAAUAAUUACAAACUUUUUUGUUGUUAGUCAAUUCGAUCUAAGAUUGCCCGAAUAGAAAUUCUAAACUUAUAUUUAUGUAUUUAAUUUAAUUAAUUGUAUCAGGGAUGCCUGGUAUAGCUCGGAUGAAUAUUUAGAAUUCUGAACCAAAAGAACCUGCUGCAUGCCCCCAAAAGUGGUAACGAAGCGGCAGAUUUGAUAAGGGUGCUUCUUGAAAGGGAGCACCUUACUCGUCUCAACUUGGUGUUCUUUCGAUGCAAGCAGCCAAAAGAUAUGUACUAGUGGCUUUCCUAUCUAUACUACUGAUUCUAGGUUACCUUUACAUACCGGAGGAGACUAGCGUGUCACUUGGUAGUGAGCUAUCACGUGAUCAUUCACCUGAGACAACCAGAGGAAACGAUGAAGCUUUAUGGAACCGUAUGGGAGAGCCAAAUAGGGAAGCUUUUGCUGGUGCUCAAUCUUCCUUAGGUUCUAAAUAUAAACUACAAACACAACCGGAAGAAACGAAUACCCAAAUCGCUGCAGACAAACAAUCCACACCUCUAGAGCAACAACAACUAGACUCCAACCCUCAGAAAAACCAACCCUCGAACCCUCAGCCAGCGCCAAACCUCGAAGUCAAUAACUAUCAGGAAACGAAGAAGCCGGACUCUGCUGGAGAUAGCGAGGAUAUCACAGCAAAUAAACAAGGCCGCCCAAUCGAGGGUGGGUUCAAGUAUGACGGGCAUGACGAAAUAGCUACUGAUGUUGUACCUCACCUGAAGCAGCUAAUGAUAGAUACGGGAUUGAAGCUGAAGCAGCUGGAUUCGCUGUAUAACAUAUCCAGGGUUACUCACGUGGAUCUUCACAAUGUCACUUACCUUGAUAACUACUACAGAUACAACUAUCAGGUUAUUGAAGAGAGGCUUGCAAAAAGGAUGAAAAACGUACGAAAUGUUUGCGAGCAGAUUAAUUUCAAGAGGUCCACUCAGUACAAUCUCUAUCAAUUCAAUGAUAUUGGGCUCACGUGGUGUCCCGUGUUCAAAUCAGGUAGUACCACUUGGAGGAACUACUUCAUAGACAAGUACGUGCCCAACCCACCUGAGGAGUACAACCUGAACCUGCUCAAACCUCACCAGCUACCGGGGUCUACGAAGCGGAGGAUCGAAGAUAUGAAACAGCAUUUUCGCGACGAGAAUGAAGAGAAUAUACGUUUUACCAUAGUCAGACAUCCGUACUCAAGGCUGGUGAGCCACGUAAAGAGCUCAGGACGAGAUCACGAGAUGGUGAACCAGCGAGGACUCUGGAUAGAGAGUUCCAUAGUGUCCAGCAGAGCUCACCUUGCUGCUAACAAUGCUGACUUAUUUAGAUACAAGUCUGAGUUCACAAUGUACUUUAACUGGUUGAAGAGCGGGAAACCAGGGGAGGUGUUUAAAGAUGGGUCCCCAGAUAACCCUUUUCUUAACCCUCCUUACCCCAAACUAUCAGAACUAGUCAACCACAUUAUCAAGAUGAGAAGAAGUGGACGAGACUGGGACGGGCACUGGAUGCCAGCUCACGAGUUCUGCAACCUCUGCGUUAACAAGUUCAACUACAUCAUCCGACUAGAAGACGAACCGUUAGAGCUUUGGUAUUUAGCAGAAAAGUUGGGUCUUUGGAAAGACAGGACACUGUUUUUAAAUAGGGCUAAUAACUCGACUAAGAAAGAAACUGAGUUGGGCGAAGUUUGGGAGGAAAUCAAAAAGUUAAAAAAAGAACACGUCGAUUUUUUGAGCAGGCAUUUUGAUGUGGAUUUCAAAAUGUUUGGGUAUCGAAGGGACAAAGGUGAUUCUUGAUGAUGUGAUAUAUACAGGGGUUAUAUUUAAUUUAUGUUUUAUUCAGAAAUUAACAUGGAUGGAUUAAUGUUUGUUCUGCCAGUCUUGAAAUAUACUACAUUUUUAUUUUUGGUAAUUUCAAUGUAAUUGUUGGUAUGUUAAAUAUUUAUUUUGUAAUCUUAAAUUAUUGUUCAAAAACUGAAA